AUGGGCGACAAUCUCGAGGAGCGUCUAAAGAGCCAUGCUCGUGCCUUCGAGGGACUCAUGUCUCUGAUACCCGCCAAAGACUACUAUGGCAAGGAUGAGAGCAUCACCAGCACGCAAUGGCAAAAGAAAGGCAAGAAGCAGACUCUCGAAGAACGACAAGCAGCCAAGCGAGCGAAGCUGGAUCCUGCCUCCCACAAGAGCGCCAAAGACGUCAUGGACGAGAACGCGCUAAAACGGAAGCGUGAAUUGGAGGGUGAAGAGGUUUCCGAGCCCGAGUCGUCCGAUCUUGACAUGGACAUCACAAAGGAGAAGCCUCUUGAGGGCAUCAAGAGCAAGGCAAAGAAGCAAAAGACACAGCCUGUUGAGCCAGAAGCCGAAGAAGAGACCGAAGAAGUCACUUUGUCCAAGGCGGAGGCCAAGCACGCGGCGAAAGCAGAGAAGCGGAGAGAAAAGAGGAAGGAGAAGCAGGCCAAGAACAAGCAAAAGCUGGAAGCGAAGAAAGCGCUACCAACGCAGUUCCAAGGUCUCGCCGCCGAAAAGUCUGAAAAGGACGAUGACGAGGACGAGGAUGAAGAUGAAGAAGACGACGCGUCUGCAGACGAACUCGAACAUCCAGACGAACGCAUAGAGGCCUUGGACGUCUCCGGUCUCGUCGAAGAGGGUCAGUCUACUGCUCCCUCCACUACUGCCAAUUCCAACUCCUCCACAGCCUCCGUCGCCUCCGCCGCUUCGUCAAAUUCUUCACUACCCCAGUCCGGUGAGGAAGCGCCACAGAAGAAGGCUAAAAAGCCAUACACGAUCGAUCCACAGAAACAUGAGGAUUUCCGCGCUCGGUUGAACGCGAAACUAGAGGCCAUGCGCGCGGCGCGAAAGGCUGACGGCCCAGAUGGACGCCCUGCACGCAACCGAGCAGAGCUGAUCGAGGCGCGCAGGAAGAAGGAAGCCGAAAAGAAGGCCGCGAAGAAGGCCAUGCGUCAGGAUGCGAAAGAGGAUGAGGCGCGACAGCAAGCAGAGGAACAGCUCGCACGGAUAAGAGGCGGUUCGGGCUCACCUUCUGUAUUCCCAGCGAGGUCGCCGGAGACUGAGCGCAACUUCAACUUUGGCAAGAUCGCAUGGGACGGCCAACAGCUUGAGAGCAAUCUCUCUGGAUUCCUCGACUCCAAGAAGAAGAAGGGCAAGUCAGAUGCGAAGACAGCACUAGAGGCUGCGCAGAAGAAACAGGCUCGCAUUAACGCCUUCGACGAGGACAAGCGCAAGGACAUUCAAGAGAAAGAUCUAUGGCUGGCCGCCAAGAAGAGGGCACAGGGUGAGAAGGUCUUUGACGACGUCAAUCUUCUGAAGAAGAGCUUGAAGCGUCAACAAAAACAAAAGGACAAGAGCAAGCAAGAGUGGAAGGAGAGGCUCACGAACGUUGACCAAGGAAAGGCCGCGAGACAGAAGAAGAGGGAGGAGAAUCUCAAGAAGCGCAAGGAGGACAAGGGUCAAAAGGGCAAAAAGAAGGUCAAGAAGCCUGGCAAGAAGGUCAAGCGACCGGGCUUUGAAGGCACAUUCAAGGCGAGAUGA